GAUAUCCGAGAAUCAGAAGUUACACGACCGCGAUUGGAUGAGGACGCAUUCCCGACGCGAGUGAGCCCGGCUCUACUACAAAACAUCGACCAACAAUUAUCGCAAGAGUCGUUCGUGAGAAUAACGAGAUUGAAGAUUCAGGUAUUCAAGUAAGCAGGAGAAACAAGUUUGUUAGUCAUCCAGUCGGCCUCGUGCAAACGUUUUGUGACCCCAACCGUGUAAAUUUGAAUACACAGCAAUAUUUGUGAUUUGUGGGUAUAACUGGUCAAACGAGCAUUUUGCGGUAUAACUCGUCAUCAAAAAUCACGAGGAAACAGAGAGGCAAUAAUCUACGCGACCGCGGUGCUAAUUCAUCAUUUAUUUUGAAGAGCGAUUGUCGUUGGAUGAGAUGAGUCUGCUGUUGCUGCGAUCUCAAGUGUGCAAGUGAUCUAGUGGGCUGUGUUAUCGAGAGUUUUCCAGUUAUUUGUUUUGUUGGUUGGUUUAAAAGUGGAAUCAUCAAGUGUGCAAUGCUAUCUGGAACGAGUGCCUUCACCAUAGUUGUAGUAACCAUAUUAACGGCUGUGAUAGUUGCGGUUUGCGGCAGCAAUAGCAGUGCGCCCGGAAGCGGAAACCAAGGCAAUUUCGAACGAUAUGCCCGGAUUUUCCCAACGAUUUGGAGCGCCCGGAGGGAGGGAGUGAUAUCUUUCGGGGAAAGCCACCGGGAGCAGCAGUUGAGCGUGAGCUACCUCUUGGAUGGGGAAAAUGUGACGCUAGAUCUGUGGCUGAACGACGCCCUGCUACCGGCGGAGCACUAUGUCAGCGUGCAGGAGCGGGGUAACGAUCGCGUUCGGAAACUCCAAGAGCACGAGGUGGAGAUGUGUCACUAUCACGGCAUCAUCCGUAACCGAGCGGAAACGUCACAGGUAGCCCUAUCCCUGUGCGACGGCAUCCGCGGAGUCGUGUACGAUCACGAUGAAACGUAUCUUCUGGAGGUUGAAGGCACGGAGCUCACCGGGAAAGAGCACUACGUGUAUCGGCAGGUCGGAUUCAAACCACACCCGAAUCGGGUCAAACGUGCACUGGAGGCAUCUCCCGUAGCUACUGUGGACGCGAUCCGGGCGGCGUACAGGUCUGACGCCGCUUCGAGCUAUGUCGAACUAGUUCUGGUGAUCGACAAUAUGCUCCAUCGAAACAUCAGAAACGAUCAGCAAAUUCAUCGGUACUGUUUGGACUUGGUCAACGUCAUGAACGCCAUCUACCGGCCGCUCAAUAUCUAUAUCGCAUUGGUUGGCGUGGUGAUCUGGUCCGACAAGGACCAGAUCGAGAUCAGUUUGGAUUCGAAGAAAACGUUGGAAGCGUUUUUGAGUUACCGAAGGAACACCCUGCUGAAGAUGAUCCCACAUGACAAUGCACACCUGCUGACGGGAGUUCACUUUACGGAUAGCGUCGUGGGCAAGGCGGAGAUGGGGUCAAUGUGUACGUACGCCGGCUCUGGAGGGGUGGAAGUGGUGGAUACGAAGUUUGUAGCGCUUCAGGCCAGUACGAUCGCUCACGAGAUGGGUCAUAACUUCAACAUCGAUCACGACGGACCGGAGUGUCACUGCCCGAACGGAAACUGCGUCAUGGCGUCCAGGACAGUGCGUAGCCAGGCCGCUCCCAAUCAGUGGAGCUCGUGCAGCGUCAGGGAUUUGGAAACGGCCUUCCAGCAUGGAUUAGGAUCGUGCCUAAAGAACAAACCGGACAAAAUGUUUGUGAAAAGUACCUGUGGAAAUGGGCUUCUGGAACCCGGGGAGGAGUGCGACUGUGGACUGCCUCACGUGUGCGAUACGAAGUGCUGCGAUGCGAUGACCUGCCGACUGACGGUGAAUGCGACAUGCGCGACUGGAGAGUGCUGUGAUCUUGAUAGCUGUCAGGUUAAGGCUGCGGGGAUCAAGUGUAGACCGGAAACAGGAGAGUGCGAUUUGGCAGAGCAUUGUGACGGACAGUCGGCUGCCUGCCCACGGGAUGUAUAUUUGAGAGACACGGAACCUUGUGCGGGUGGUAAGGCGUACUGCUUCAAAGGGCAGUGCCGCACAAGAGACAGUCAGUGCAAGGUUCUUUGGGGAUCUACGGCUAAGUCGAUAGACGAAUACUGCUACCAAACAAAUAGGAAUGGAUCGAUCUUCGGAAACUGUGGGAAUAACUUGCUCACAGGAGAAUACACGAAGUGUAGUCAAGAAGAUAUGAUGUGUGGAUUGCUGCACUGUAGUCAUCGGAACGAAAAGCUGGAUUAUGGAAUUCAAGCAUAUUCUAAGCUAACCACAACCAAGUUCAGCCAUUAUGGUCCGAGAGGGACUGUGAGGGAGACAAUUUGUAACACCGCCAUAGUAGAUCUAGGGUUGGAGGUUGUCAACCCCGGGCUGGUCCCGGAUGGUGCUAAAUGUGGAGUAGGAAAGAUGUGUUGGAAUCAGAGGUGCGUAUCAUUAAAUCAUUUACAAGAGAACGACGUAGGAGAGGAUUGCGCAGAGGGAUGUAACGGGCAUGGAGUGUGCAACAGCGAAGGAAACUGCCACUGUGAAGCAGGAUAUGGAGGGCAGUUCUGCGAGAAAUCAGGCCAUGGUGGAUCAGUCGAUAGUGGACCCAUCGUCGAUCCGGAAGAUUCAUUGAACACGUUCUGGUCAUUCUUUGUACCAACUGUUUUACUCUUUUUUGCAAUCGUAGGUGGAGUCUAUUUCUAUCGUAGUUUGAUAUCCGAAGUCCUCAGAAAAGUAUUAUUGAAAUUUCGAAUGCGGAAGUACGGGCACAUGGUACCUCCGGCUUCACCAACAUCCACCGGACCACCAAAACCUCCACGAGUGGAGAUAUCUACACCGAAGCUCAACACAACAACAUCCAAUACACUUCGAGUUCCUAAGAAAACGGAUACCCUCCCUACCCGUGCGGCUCCUGCCCCGCCAGUAUCUAGCUCCGAACCAGCUCAACACUUCAUCAAAGUGAACAUCAACAACAGCGGCAAGAUCACCAUAGAAAACAAAGUGGUCAGCUCACCAUUCAUGCUGACCUCUCCUCUUCUGGAUGCUCACGAAGCCAUACACGAGAUCAAAGCCAAAGGUCCUCCCGCCAUUCUCGAGCAACGCUCGAUAAGCGUCGAUUCUGAAUGUCCUCUCCUCAACCCACUCACACAACAAUCAGCAACAGAUACGCCUCCAGAACCAAGCACCCCUGAACCUGAUCUCGGCACCCUCCUUAGCCAGGUCAAGCUCAAAAAAGUACACGACUUCCAGGCCCAUCGUUCGAAGAGUGACGAGAAACCCGCUCGUCGAUUGCCGCAGCUACCGCGACAGAAAACCAUUGGAGAGUUCCAAAGCGUCGUCGCCGAAGUGCAUCCCAAGCGAAGUCCCGCCACCGAAGAACCUCCCACGCCGAACCCCUUCGCAGAGAUUCAGCUGAAGAAAACCAAACCGCGAACCCCACACCUCCAGUCCCGAACGGAUCUGGACGAAAUCACCGAAGAACAACCCUCUCCAACGGUGAUGGCCAUCAAGCAGCGACCGACCGUAGCGGUGAAACCAUUCCUCAAGCCUAGUCUACCUCAGAAACCACACCAAGACAAUCUAUCGAAACCAGCUAGGAAGCUGCCUCAGAUUCCGCCGGUGAUUGCGAAGAAGCCUCCAACGGUCGGAGGGUCUAGCAGUAAUGGUAGUAGUAACAGUAGCAAUAGUAGUAUUAGUAGUAGCGGUAGCAGCAGCACCAGUGUUGCAGCUCUGAAAGCGAAACUGAAUCUUGAACAGAUUGCUUCCGCCGGCGGAAUCAAGCGGUGAUUAUAGGUUAGAAAUUUUGAAGCAAUUUUUUAUGCCGAACCUGUUGGUUGGUUUUGUGUAAUGUUGUUAAACGGACACGAUGUAUUUGGAAGCAAUAUUUUUUGUAAGGUAAUUUUGAAUCUUGGAACCACGUUCCUCGAGCAAUUGUGAUUUGACUUUGCAAGCAAUCGAAUACAAACGAUGUUUUCUAUUGAGUAAGUACUUAAGCGCGUCGUCAGCAGUAGUAGCGUAAGGAAUUGUACAUUGUGCAAAUAAAGUAUUCAAACUAGACUGCUUACCUAUCGAGAAAUUAGGUGCUUAGCAUGAAAGAACACAGGGCACAUAUCAAGGUUAUAAAAUAAACGACUAGUCAUUUAGCGUUACACGAUUUUAAUGAA